AUGGCUUCUGGUGCUAGCAAAUCAGCAGCAUUCAUGCUCUUGGUGCUCAAUAUUUUUCUCUACUUGAUUCUCAUUUUUAUUGCAGCAUGGGCAGUGAACCAUGGAAUCAAAAGAUCACACGAAACCGCGUCUGUGUUGUCUCUCCCAGCACAGAUUUUUCCUAUAUAUUACCCGUUUGGGAACUCGGCUACUGGUUUUGUAGUCCUUCUUUCGCUUAUAGCUGGAGUUGUGGGAUUUACAUCAUCGGUUACUGGAAUUGGUGAAGUGAUUCAAUGGGAUGCUCCAAAUUUACAUGCAGCUGCUACAUCUUCUCUCAUUUCUUGGCUACUCACAAUGUUGGCCAUGGGAUUUGCAUGCAAGGAGAUCGAUAUAGGCUGGACAGAUUCAAACCUGAGAACACUGGAGACUAUUUUGAUACUUGUGGGUGGGACUCAGCUUUUCUGUACUGCUGCGAUCUAUAUAGGUGUUGAUGAUGUGGUUGUGCGAGAAAGGGCAUUCUUUUAG